AUGCUAAUUCAGGACUGCUGCAAGCCGUACGCGUUUUAUCCAUGUGGCCAACAUGCAAAUCAAACUUACUAUGGUCCAUGCCCGACAAAUACUUGGGACACACCGACAUGCCGCAAUACUUGUCAAUUUAAAUAUAGCAAGGAUUACGAGGAUGACAAGUUUUGGGGGAGCGGUAGCUACUAUAUCACUGCAAACGAGACAGCCAUCAGAAGAGAGAUAUAUAACCACGGACCAGUGCUCGCCUCUUUCAGAGUUUACUCUGAUUUCAGAUACUACAAAGGAGGAGUCUAUAUUAACCGUAUGUUAAGCAAAAAUCUGGGUCCGAUCAAGGAGGGCAUGCCGUAA